CUUCUGCACAGGUUCCUGGCCAUCUGCUGCGGCCUGCGCUGCCACAUUUCCCGCAAGCGGGCCCGCGUCAUCAUAGCUGUCAUCUGGCUGUUUCCCGCUCUCCUGAUGAUGCCGUGGCCUUUGUUCUUCGAUCUCCGUCCUCAAGGAGGCGCCAUGCUCUGUAACGAAGUGUGGCCCAAGGGUGUAGACGGCGGCCUGUUCUUCAUCGCUGCGAACCUGCUGCUCUGCUAUCUGGUGCCGUUGGUGCUCAUCGUCAUCUGCUAUGUCGGCAUAUGGAUCAAGGUCUCCAGGCGCGCGAUUCCCGGCGACACUAAGGACGUUCAGCUGAAGAGGAUGCAGCAGCGCUCCAAGUUCAAGGUGGUCAAGAUGCUGAUGCUGGUGGUGGUCGUCUUUACUCUCAGCUGGCUCCCCCUCUACGGCAUCUGGCUCCUAGUGAAGUUCGCCGACUUUGAGCAGCUCCCGGAAGGCAUGGAUCGCAUUCUUUCCGUUGCCAUGCCGCUAGCUCAGUGGCUUGGAGCUUCAAACUCCUGCGUUAACCCGGUUCUCUAUGCGUUUUUCAAUGCUAAAUAUCGUCAGGGUUUUCAGGCGCUGGUAAAAUCAGGCAGUUGCUGCGCCCCGAUUAGGAUUCAGAUGCCGACUGAUUCGACUUUGAGACGCUCCGCACACUGCCAAACAUUGCAGACGACAGCCAGCUGCGCGACGGUGGCGCACUCUGCACAACUAACGCCUCUAAAGGCCACCGAAAGGGGGCAGGCGCGGCGGAAGCCCGAUAUAACAGGGGUAUAAACGUCGCCUCAAACAUAAGUUUAUAAGGUUAACGACAGAGGGCGACGAUGAGAUAUGCAUUUAACGGUAUGUUUUAAAGCUGCAUGCCAGCGCGGAGGGAAGAAGGAUUUAUGUGAUUGGAGUUGGAGCUUCAGUCGAACUCCGAGUUGGAGUUGGAGUUAUUGGAGACCAAAGACCGGCUGAAUGACUCAGCGGUCUCGGGUGUUGUUAUUCCUUCCAAGCAAGGUAUCUACGUGUAACUUCUGUAAAACAACGCUGAAGAAUGCUCACAAUGUGAAUGCCGCCACAUUUACCGGUAUUUUAUAUGCACUGACGUUGAAACGACUAUGACGCGCAACAUGUGAAUGUUUUACUUAGAGUGCAAUAUUGUUGAGGUGUUGUGAAAACUAUGUAAAUAUGGACAAAAAUAUUAGCACGUAAGAAAUAUAAUUGGCGACUACAGCAUAGGUGGAAGCCGUUCUUUUGGAAUCUACUUACAUACCUUCAUAUCGGGGGAAUCAUUACGUCCUGAUGUUUGCCACUAUAUAUUUUAUCUCUGUCUUCUUAUGUAUCUAUUGGUUUUCAUUUAUUUCAUUCCAUCUGUCCUUUUUCGGUAAGUAGUAGCUUUCUCUUGCUUUCCUGAGACAUUCAAUAAUUCUGCCUUGUAUUCGGUGCAGGCUUGGGUUAGACACCUAGCUACAGUUGAAGGCAAAAUAGUACUCAUAUUCAUAAAUAUUCUGAUAAGUUUCGUCAAUACUAGUCAUACAAACAACAAUAAACACGGUUCUGCCAGUGAGUAACGACAAAGAAAGAUCAUUGUACUUUAACGUUAGUGUAUACUGUAUAGGUGACUAAACAGAGUG